AUGGCUACAUCAUCAACAGCUGAAAAACUUAAUUUGAUUAUUUUGGGUGCCACUGGUGGUACUGGGCUUCAACUUGUUGAACAAGCAUUAAAAAGAAAUUAUAAUGUGACGGCACCAGUUCGAAAUCCGCAAAAAUUACAGCAUAUAAACCAUCCAAACUUGAAAGUUGUUCAAUGUGACUUGAUGAAUCCACUUGAUUUAGCUUCAAAAAUGGAAAAUCACCAUGUUGUUUUAUCGGCAUUAGGUCAACCCGGUCUACAAAUAUCUGCAAUGACAUUCUAUGAAGAUUCAAUGAAAUCUAUAAUAACAGCCAUGAGAAAUUCAGAAAUAAAACGUUUAAUAUGUAUAACAGCAUUUUAUACAAAAUAUGAACCAUCGGUAUACCCACUGAAAUUUAAAUUAAUAAUUCGUCCAAUGAUUGGUCGUCAUUUGGAUUCAAUGUUUAUUAUGGAAGAAUAUCUCCAAAAAGAAUGUCAAGAUAUUGAUUACACGAUCGUGAGGCCACCACGUCUUCUUGAUGAUCCAAUUAUUGAAAAAGCUGUUAAAGUUCGCGAAGAUGAUUAUUUUUUUCCGGAUUAUUCAACGGCAAGCCAAAUUCCACGCGCCAAUGUUGCACGAUUUAUGUUAGAUACAUUGAAAGAUGGUCAAUAUUUAAAGAAAGCUGUUGCUAUUGAUAUGCCAAAAAUGAUGGAAAAGUCUGGCUGA